AUGGCGAAAAUGGCUUUUCAACACCAAGCUGGAACGGCUAUGGAAUGCCUUAGCAUUCCAAUAACCCUUCAAAAAGAGGCCGGUGUUGAUGCUGAAGGUCGAGAAGUUAUGAAAUGCGGUUUUAAAAUUGGCGGUGGUAUUGACCAAGAUUUCCGUAAAAGCCCCCAGGGCUAUACAGACAACGGAAUUUAUGUAACAGAAGUUCAUGAAGGUAGUCCUGCCGCCAAAGCAGGUCUAAGAAUGCAUGACAAAAUAUUACAAUGCAAUGGUUAUGACUUCACGAUGGUGACACAUAAAAAGGCUGUUAGUUACAUUAAAAAACAUCCAGUAUUAAACCUUCUUGUUGCAAGGAAAGGUGUAACAUCUACAUAACUGUCACAUUUGUGUGCAUGUUUCUUUUAAGUGAAAGAGUUCAAAGGUG